AUGGUAGAAGGAGUUGCCGAAUCAGAGACGGGUAAUAAUCAGAUAGUGUUGUGGAGGGGAACUGAGGCUGAGGCUGAGGAGGAGGAGAAUCAGCCAUUGCCACCCGUGAGAAUGUUCUUCGAGCCCAGUCAGUAUCGUAAUGCAAUAAAGCUGGGAACAAGAUGUUAUAUCCACAAAGCUGUUACGAAAUUGGAGUCCCUAGACCUUGAACCACAUGAGCUGUUAUGGUUUACAGAACACCCACAGUUCAAGCACUUUUGGCAUAUGCAUAGGGCCAUGCAUGAGGACACAACACACAAGAUGAUGGGAAUGUGGUUGCUUCUUCUACGGACAGCAAACACAAAUAAGAAGAGGGAAGCUUGGUUUGUAGUGAAUGACGUACCAAUUCGCUAUUCCCUUAGAGAGCAUGCCAUUUUGUGUGGAUUAAACUGUCUCCCAUACCAAGAGGACUAUGAGAGCAUAGGAAGUUCUUCGUUUAAGAAUAGAUAUUUCCAAGAAACCGUCCCCUCCCUUGCUGCUGUUGAGAAAAAGCUAGAGUCGAUGCGAGGACUAGUUAAUCCUGAUCGGUUGAAGAUGUGUGUCGUCUACUUCUUAUCCUCUAUAAUAAGUGGGAAAACGAAAACCGGUAAGGGAGCAUCAUCUGUUGACCCCUUAUUCCUGAGGAUUGUGGAUGAUCUCGAGGCUUGUAAAAGGUUUCCUUGGGGUAGGUAUUCAUUCGAUGUAAAUAUGAAGGAGAUUGAGCACACAAUGAGGCAUUUCAAUGGGGUCUUCGGAACAGAUGCGUGGACAUUUCUAAGCUUUGUUACUCCCUUGGAGAACAAAUACAGAGAAGAUGUUAGAGGAGCAGGGAGGGAUUGUCCCCGGAAGUGCAGGCAGAAGUUCCAACCAUUCACACUAAAAGGUUUCCCUUUGUCAAAACUCUAUGAAACACUGGGUAACACUAGGGUCAUCGAGAGUAUAUUGCAACCAUCCGAGGAUGAGGUAAUUAUGCUUGCUAGAGUCAUGGAGAGGAAUGAAGAGGAAGAUAUCGGUGAUAUCGUUCCUGAAAAUUGGACGAGGCAUUUAGUUGAGGAAAAGAAGUCGAAAUUCUGGAAAGAGAUAUGCAAGAUCGAUGUUGAUGCCCGAGAUAAUAAGGAGUGGGUAAACCAUCCUGUAGCGGCUAAGAAUAAUGUUGGGACGGAGAAGGUGGCGCCUCUUGGAAUUGUGGAACAGCUUCAGAGCUUGCAGAAGAGUAUGGACGCUCAGUUUCUCCGAAUCAGUGCCCGAAUGGAUGGCUUUGAUACAAGACUCUGCUCUGUAGAACAAUAUGUAAAAGAGACAAGAAGAGAAAGGGAAGGAUCAGGAGAUGAGGGAGGAGAAGUUUUUCGAAAUGAUGUAGAACAUGAACAUGAUCAAGCUGGAGAGAAACUUGAAAGUCUGGUGAAAACUGAGAAAGCGAGGAAGCAGAAACAGUCGAAGAAGAAUCAGCCAAAGCAGAAGCCGAAGAAGAAGCAGAAGGAGCCGGAGCAGAAGGAGCCGGAGCAGAAGGAAGCAGAGCAGAAGGAAGCGGAGCAGAAGGAAGCGGAGCAGAAGGAGGCGGAGCAGAAGGAGGCGGAGCAGAAAGAGCCGGAGCAGAAAGAGCCGGAGAUGAAUGAGGCGGAGCAGCUUGUAGCCCGAUCUCCGUACCUGCUUAGAAGUAAAGAGGUAGAACCAGACGGUGCUGACGUUGUGAACGCAGAAAUGGGUGCAGGUAAACGGAAACAAGAGCAAUCGAAGCUAGGGCCAAACACAAAGCAGAGACGUUAA